CUUCGACAUCUCUCUGAUUAUACUCUGUUUUUUCGUUCAUUCUUUCAAACGCUCUGUUUUUUCAUUCUUUCUUUCAAACGCCAUUAACUCUUCACAUUUCUCUCUAGUUUCAAAGAACCGACAUCAAAAUGUUCUUCUCUCAUCAACUUCUAGCUCGCAAAGCUUCUAUGGGACAGAUAUGGAUGGCUGCAACUAUGAGAGCGAAAAUGAAUCGAAAGAAGCUGGAGAAGCUUAACAUCAUCCAAAUCUGUGAAGAGAUUUUGAAUCCACCAGUUCCUUUGGCUUUGAGACUCUCUGGAAUUCUCAUGGGUGGAGUUGUGAUUGUGUACGAAAGAAAAGUGAAACUCCUUUAUGAUGAUGUUAAUCGACUCCUGGUAGAAAUGAAUGAAGCAUGGAAGGUAAAAGCAGCUGCAGAUCCAACGGUACUCCCCAAAGGAAAAUCACAAGCCAAGAAAAAAACUAUUACAUUGCCUGAGAAUCGAGAGACAGAUUUUGAGGAUAUUGAGCCUUCCCUUAAUUUCUCAAACGCUGAGAUGGAGUUCCAACAAACAACAUUCUGUGCAAUGCGGCUGGAUGACUUGGAUGAAACUUAUGUUCACAACGAUAUAGGAGAGGAGGAUCCGUUGCAAAACUUCCAUCAAGUUGAUGUUGAUAAUAUCACCUUGUCUGACCGUUUUGAUUCCCAUCAGGCUAACAACAACAUGUUCUAUCGGUUUGAAAGAAAUAGCAUAGAAAAAUCAAGAUGGAUGCUAUGCUCAGCUCCAAACCUUCCAACAGUUGAUGAAACCCAUGACCAGCAUCCGGAACACCAUGUCAAUCAACAAGAUGAAAGCAAAGAAUGGAGACAGCAUGGUCAACAGAGGCAAGGACCAUUAAGAAAGAAAACAAGAAUUCCAGCGGCCUGUAUAAUGGAUUACGAGCAAACAAUUAUUCCUGGUGACAUUUACCAAUCCUGGCUUCAAGAUACUUCAGAUAUUGGCGGAAGAAAGAGAAAAAAGAGGAAGGUUAAUGAUGCACCGACUUGUUUUUCAAUUGCUAAACUUCCCAUUUUAUGCAUUUUGUUGCAGUUAAGACCCGAUAUCUUGUCUAAAGUGAAGAUAGCUAACCUCAUAGAGUUGCCACCUACAGUAUUAACAGAUGAUUUAUUUAUUAAAGGAAAUCAAGCAAUCCCCUAUCCGGCUCCUCUUCUUGAGCAUUGGAAGAAAAUUACUCCGCCGCGUCAUGAUUUUCCAUCUAAGAAGAGCUCACCACCCCAACCCCCAAAUCCAUCAUCAUCGUUAUCGCCACCGCAACUCCCAAUACCAUCAUCAUCAUCAGCACCAGCACAAGAGAGAGUACAACCUCAAAUACCAGCAGGAUUUCCCUUUGAAGAUAUUCAUAGUGAAGUUGGCUCCAAGUCACUAGGUGGUUCCAUAGAAAGAAGACGGGGAAACCAACCAACAGAAGGCAUCAUAGAAGAAAUGACAGCUAAUUUUCGCAACCAGGUUUUUAGGGCCAAUGAGACCAAUGUGAUGGUGACACCUGAAAAUUCUGUAGCGUAUUUGUCUGAAAGCUCAGGAUCUGGACACAGCAACCAAGAACUCAAUCCGGACAGGUCCAACCAAAAAAGGCAUUUUUCUUCAUCUGGACAAAGUGGCAAUGGGCUUGAACCUAUCCAAGAAGAAAAACCAUUUGAGUAUCCUGAACCAGAUUUCAAUUUAUCGAGGCUAGCUGAAAAUGGUUCUACACCAGACCCAGAAUUUUUUGUGGAAACUGGACCAACACAAACUCAGCUUCCUGUCAUCAAUCCUGCUCUUGACAAGAUUACUGAUGCUAUUCGAAUGAAUAUCAAAACACAUUUUGACGCACCUGGAGCCUCUAAAGAAGAAUCGUUGAACGCACUAGCUGCUGGACUGAACCGAAAAGGAGCAGCUAUGCUCUUUUAUCAGACAUGUGUCCUUGCCACUCGUGAUUACCUAAAAGUUGAGCAAAAGGAGCCUUAUGGUGACAUUUCCAUCUCCAAGGGAGCAAAGAUGUAAAGAGCCAGAAAUAAGAGGUCAAAACCUCUUUCGUUUCUACAACAAAGAAGAUGCAGUCACAGGAGUUGAGUACUCGUAAAUUUAAUCGAAAGCAAGAGGACCCUCAGUCGUAAAUUUAUACAUUAUCAAAGGCGAACGGUAGGAAGCAGGAAAAAGAAAUAGAAUUAGGAUUAUUGAGUAAUCUGUUUAGAAUUUUUUUGUCUCUUCUGCUCUUUGAUUGAUUGAUUUUAUUUGAAGUCAAAGUGAAUUGCCCAAACAGUAAAAAGAAUCUAAGCUUUAGCCCAGCCCAAGAAGAUCCAAACUCCUCAUAAUUCUUGUUUUAAUGACCAAAAUCAUAUUUG